AUGAAUCCCAUUGCGAAGAAUCGUUCCUUAUGUCUUCUGGGGUACCGAGGCGUGGGUAAAUCGAGCCUCUGCGUGUGCUAUGUCGAAGGAAUGUUCAUCGACUCCUACGACCCUACGAUUGAGAAUGUUUUCUACAAAAAUAUCAAGCUGAAAGGCACUCAGUACAAUCUCAAGAUUGUCGACACUGCUGGCCAAGAUGAGUACUCCAUUUUCCCACAUGCCUACGCAAUGGACAUUCACGGUUACUGCCUCGUCUACAGUAUCAACAACGCCAAGUCUUUCGAAGUGGCGCGAAUCAUCUACGACAAACUCUUGGAUAUGACUGGAAACAUUCAAGUCCCAAUCAUCCUGGUAGCCAACAAGGCUGAUCUGCAUUUGGAGCGAUGCAUCUCCACAGAGAUGGGCUUGGAGCUGGCCAAGUACAUGAAAGCUCAAUACAUCGAACUUAGUGCCAAAGAGAACUCCGCUGUAAAUAACUUAUUUCAAACUCUUCUGUUUAACAUUGACAAGCAAGACGCUCCCGAGGCAGCUCCCUCUUCGCAGGAAAACAACAAAAAGUGCAUAAUAUCCUAA